AUGAACGACAACCAGUAUGUGUACCUCGAGACGCCCAAGACCGGACCCGAGGUCGACGACGAAGCCCAUACGCUGCUCGAGAUGGCCGCGAUCAAUGGCGCCCUUCUCGCUCAAAAGUACUUUGAGCUCGAAGGCGACCUCGACGAACUCCACGAAAAGCACACACAGUCAAUGGCUCUUGUCGCGAGCUACGAUGCGCUCGUCCGCGACCUGCGCGACGAGAAGCAAGCUCUCAUCCAGCGCUGCCAAGCGUUCGAGGCGGAAGUGGACGAUCUCGUCGCCGCCAAACGAGAUGUCGAUGGCCGCCAUGGCAGGCUCCAAGCCACAUGCCACAGCCUCCAGCACUCAGUACAGCAACUAGCUGCCGAGCGCGCUGAUGCGCUGGACGCCCUUCGCCACGCCCAGGACGAGGCAUCGGCGCUGGAUGCGGUGCGAAGCCAUUUAAAGGCGUCGGUCGAGACGCUCCAGCACGAGCGACGCGCCCUGCAGAACUACGUGGCAGAGAAGGAUGCGCAGAUUAGGCUCUUGCUGCAACAGGAAAAGGCGUGGCGCAUGACCUCGGACGUCCAACACCAGAAGAUCCAGCGGCUCGAGCGCACCGUGAACGACCUUGGCGCCCACGCGUCGGAGCUGGCUUCGGCGCUGCAUGCUGCUCACGACCAAGUCGCAUCGCUUCGUGCCGACGUGCAAGCCAAGCAGCAGGAGCUAUUGGAUGUCAAGGCGGCCAAGGCUGCAUUGCCGAUCGAGAUCAUAUCCGUGCCAGCGCCUGCCGCACCGACAACGGGACCGUCGUCGGCCACAGGCAUGCUCAUGCUGCUCAUGUGGCUCAGCUACCGUCGGGUCCUGUCUCGGCGGCCGCGCUGGAUGAGCGUGCUCUCAGCUACCGUCGCCAAGCCGCAGGUGUGGGCCCCCAUGGUGCACCAGGCAUGGAUCCACCGCGGCUUUUAG